AUGGCGAGCACGGAGAGCGCGCGGCAGUCGGGCACCGCCGCCGCCAUGCUCUGCCUUGGGGUGCACGCGAUCGUCUUCUGGCUCCUCCGUGUGAUGGCGCUGACCUCGCACAUCCUCGCUGCCGCCUUCGCCGUCGUCAGCCUGCCGCUCUGCUUGAAACUCACGUACGACGUCGUGGCCAUGUGCAUGGACGACGAGCCGCCGUCGUCGGCGCGGGGCGAGCGCCAGCAACUCCUCUUGUCCCGCGCCCACCUCCAGCUGCUUCUCACGGACCGUGACUUCGACUCGAACGAUUACGAGCAGCUGCUGCAGCUCGACGACCACAACGUGGCCAAAUCCCAUGGCGCCAGCGAAGGCGACAUUGACCGGCUGCCUGUCGUGACCGUGACGGAAACGAUGCUCCAGAGCCACAAAGAGGCCACGGGCUAUGAGACCAUCCAGUGCUCCAUCUGUCUCGAAGACCUCGCCGUCGGCGCCCAAGCGCGCAUGGUCCCGUGCUUCCAUCGCUUCCACCCGCAGUGCAUCGAUCCGUGGCUCGUCGAGAAGGCCGAGUGCCCCAUUUGCAAAUUCCCGGCCAUCGGCUAA